AAAAUAUACUGUAUUUUCUAUUGCUAUUUUACAAAAAAUGUCCCGAUGCAGAUAUUACGUACGAUUUGCAACGAGAUAUAGUUGACAAUCGAACUUAAAAUAAAAAAAUAUUUUCUUGAUUAAUACAGUUUAAAUCACUUUUUUCCAUGUGUGAACUAUGCGUAAUAAUUUACAAUAUUUGUUUCAUCUUUUUUAGGCUUUAAAUUUUGUUUGUAAUCGUUUACGAUUAGUUGAUUCUGGUAUUCAUUUCAAUUUAAGUGCAAGUAUUUAUUUAUGUUUGGCUGAAUUAUGUUCAACAUUACGUUUACACUGCCUAACAGAAUUACCAAAAUUUAUGCCAGAUGUAUUGCAAACAUACGAAUCUAACGCUGUUAUGAGACAUGAGUUAUUGUUAACAAGUGUCAUAUCGUGUUUGUCAAAAUUAGUUCGAACACUGUGUGACUUUUUAACACCCUAUCUAUUAGAAAUCAUUAAACGAACAUGUAAUUUGUUAACACAACCGGCUUUAGUAUUAGCAAGCGGAACGAAUCAAAACGAAUUACGUUUACGUACAAUGUGGACAUAUAUUGCCAAUUUUGUUCCACAUCGUUUAUUGUUUCCAACGUUGCAUGAUUUUAUUGAACAAGAUAAAUUCGUCCUAAAUGAUAUUGAACCAUUAAUGACAUUAUUAAAGCAAUCUAUAGCAGUAGCAUCUGUGGAAGAUCUUAACAUUAAUUUUCAAUUGUUAAAAAAUUUAUUUUUAAAAUUAUUUACAUUGAGAACAAUUCAUACGAAACAGAUUCAUCCAAAUAAAAUGAAUGAUUAUGAAGAUCAUGUAUUCGAUUGUUUUUCGGAACUCGUAAUGCGCUUGUCAGAAGAGUCAUUUCGACCACUAUUUUUUACCAUAUAUGAGUGGGCAGUAUACAAUGAACCACCACGUGAACAUUCAGUGACAUUCUACCGUUUAACAUUGGUUUUAGCUAAAAAAUUAAAAAGUUUAUUUUCACUCUUUGCUGGCCAUAUUAUUCAACAUGCGGCUACAACAUUAGAUCUAUUAAAUUUAUCAAAAAAUGAAAAACAAGACCAAAAGUAUUUCUCAGAUAAUAAAUUUGCUGAUGAUAAUGCCAUUGAAUUAAUUAAUGGAAUAUUGGGUACUAUUAGCAACAUAUGUCUGUUUGACUCUGUUGGUUUUAUUAAUAAUGAACGGUUUCAAUUAUUAAUGAGUCCAGUGGUUGAUCAACUUGAACAACAUGUACCAACCACUGUAGAUUAUCAACAAUGGAUCGAACGACAUGUAUCACCUUGUAUUGUUAACUUAACGGCAGCAUCGAAAGAAGAGCCACUGUGGAGAAGAUUACACUAUCAAUUGUUAUUGAAAACGAAAUCCGAUAGUUCACAAAUCCGUUUGGCUACAUUACAUAUCUUACAAGAAUUAUCUCGAAAACUAAGUGUCAAUUAUCAAAGUCUUUUAGCAGAAGCUGUGCCUUAUUUAGCUGAGCUGAUGGAAGAUUCUAAUGAAAAAGUUGAAAACGCUUGUCAUCGUGUCAUUGUUGAUAUGGAAAGCACACUUGGUGAAUCGUUGCAGCAAUAUUUUAAUGCAUAA